CGCGGGCCCCGGGAGCCACCCCCGGCGCUCGCCCCGGGCCAUGGCGAGCCCGCCGCGGCACGGCGCCCCGGGGCCGGCGGGCGGCGACGGCCCCAACCUCAACAACAACAACAACAACAACAACCACAGCGUGCGCAAGUGCGGCUACCUGCGCAAGCAGCGGCACGGCCACAAGCGCUUCUUCGUGCUGCGCGGGCCCGGCGCGGGCGGCGACGAGGCGGGCGCGGGGCCGCCGCGGCUCGAGUACUACGAGAGCGAGAAGAAGUGGCGGAGCAAGGCGGGCGCGCCGAAGCGGGUCAUCGCGCUGGACUGCUGCCUCAACGUCAACAAGCGCGCCGACGCCAAGCACAAGUACCUCAUCGCGCUCUACACCAAGGACGAGUACUUCGCCGUGGCGGCUGAGAACGAGCAGGAGCAGGAGGGCUGGUACCGCGCGCUCACCGAGCUGCUGAGCGAGGGCCGCGCGGCCGCCGCGCCCCCCGCCGCCCUGGCCGCGUCCUGCAGCGCCUCGCUGCCCGGCGCGCUGGGCGGCUCGGCCGAUGACAGCUACGGGCCGGGGGCGCCCGGCGCGGCCGCCUACCGCGAGGUGUGGCAGGUGACCCUGAAGCCCAAGGGCCUGGGCCAGAGCAAGAACCUGACGGGCGUGUACCGCCUGUGCCUGUCGGCGCGCACCAUCGGCUUCGUGAAGCUCAACUGCGAGCAGCCGGCCGUGACGCUGCAGCUCAUGAACAUCCGGCGCUGCGGCCACUCGGACAGCUUCUUCUUCGUGGAGGUGGGCCGCUCGGCCGUCACGGGCCCCGGCGAACUGUGGAUGCAGGCCGACGACUCGGUGGUGGCGCAGAACAUCCACGAGACUAUCCUGGAGGCCAUGAAGGCGCUCAAGGAGCUCUUCGAGUUCCGCCCGCGCAGCAAGAGCCAGUCGUCGGGCUCGUCGGCCACGCACCCCAUCAGCGUGCCCGGCGCGCGCCGCCACCACCACCUGGUCAACCUGCCGCCCAGCCAGACGGGCCUGGUGCGCCGCUCGCGCACCGACAGCCUGGCCGCCACGCCGCCCGCCGCGCCGGGCGGCGCCUGCCGGGUGCGCACGGCCAGCGAGGGCGACGGCGGCGCGGCGGGCGCGGGGGGCGCGGCGGCGGGGCGGCCGGGCUCCGCGGCGGGCAGCCCCCUGAGCCCCGGGCCGGCGCGCGCGCCCCUGAGCCGCUCGCACACGCUGAGCGGCGGCCGCGCCGGCAAGGGGCCGCUGCCGCCCGCAGGGGGCGCGCUGCAGCACAGCCGCUCCAUGUCCAUGCCCGUGGCCGCGCACUCGCCCCCGGCCGCCGCCAGCCCCGGCAGCCUGUCGUCCAGCAGCGGCCACGGCUCGGGCUCCUACCCGCCCGCGCCCGGCGCGCCCCCGCCGCUGCCGCACCCCGCGCACCCCGCCGCGCCGCGCCCCUCCAGCGGCAGCGCAUCCGCCUCGGGCUCGCCCAGCGACCCCGGCUUCAUGUCCCUGGACGAGUCCGGCUCCAGCCCCGGCGACCUGCGGGCCUGCGGCAGCCACCGCAGUGACACGCCCGAGUCCGUGGCCGAGACCCCGCCCGCGCGCGACGGCCCCGGCGGGGAGCUGUACGGCUACAUGACCAUGGACCGGCCGCUGAGCCGCUGCGGCCGCGCCUACCGCCGGGUGUCCGGCGACUCCCCGGACCCCGAGCGCGGCCUGCGCAAGCGGACCUACUCGCUGACCACGCCCGCGCGCCAGCGCCCAGCGCCGCAGCCGUCCUCCGCCUCGCUGGACGAGCACACGCUGGUGCGGGCCACCUUCGCGGGCAGCGCCGGCCGCCUCUGCCCCUCCUGCCCCGCGUCCUCGCCCCAGGUGGCCUACCGCCCCUACCCCGAGGACUACGGCGACAUCGAGAUCGCCUCGCACCGCGGCUCCAGCGGCCACCUGGGCCCCGACGACGGCUACGUGCCCAUGACCCCCGGCGCCGCGCUGCGGGGGCCAGCGGCGGGCCGGGCCGACGAGUACGUGCCCAUGAGCCCCACCAGCGUGUCGGCGCCGCAGCAGAUCCUGCAGCCCCGCGGGGCCGCCGCGCCGGGGCCCACACCCGCCUCGGCGCUGGCCGCCCUGGGCCGGGCCUUCCCGCCGGCCAGCUCCCCCGAGGACAGCGGCUACGUGCGCAUGUGGUGCGGCUCCAGGAUGUCCAUGGAGCCGCCCGACUCCAAGCUGCUGUCCAGCGGCGACUACCUCAACAUGUCCCCCAGCGACGCGGGCCCCGCGGGGACCCCACCCGACUUCUUCUCGGCCGCCGGUUACGGCCAUGGCCACGGCGGCGGGGACGCCUGCUACAGCUCCCUGACGCGCGCCUACAAGGCCGCGCACCCCUACGCCGCCGACCAGGACCACUACGUGCUCAUGAGCUCACCCGUGGGCCGCAUCCUGGAGGAGGAGAGGCCGGAGCCCCCCGCCGCCCCCGCGGGCGCGCCCCCACACCCUGCCGUCCCCGCCCCCGGGCGCCCCUUGCCCAGCGCGCGCCCCGAGGGCCUCGCCACCCCGCGCGGCCGCGCCGUGCGCCCCACUCGCCUGUCCCUGGAUGGCCUCCAGACCUUGCCGUGCAUGCACGAGACCCCGCUGCCCCCCGAGCCCCAGAGCCCCGGCGAGUACAUCAACAUUGACUUCGGGGAGGCGGGCGCGCGCCCCUCGCCGCCCGCGCCGUCGCUGCUGGCCUCGGCCGCCUCGUCCUGCUCGCUGCUCUCUGCCAGCAGCCCCGCGUCGUCGCUGGGCUCGGGCACGCCGGGCACCAGCAGCGACAGCCGCCAGCGCUCGCCGCUGUCCGACUACAUGAACCUGGACUUCAGCUCGCCCAGGUCGCCCCGGCCCGGCCCCGCGGGCUCCCCAGACGCCUCGUCCCCGUGCCCGCCGCUGCCCCCGCGCCCGGCCGCGCCCUCGGCGGCCCCUCUGCGCGCGGCCCUGCCGCCGCCCUCGCCCGGGGAGCUGUACCGCCUGCCCGCGCAGGCCGAGCCCGGGGACCACGGCGACUACACCGAGAUGGCCUUCGGCGUGGCCGCCACGCCGCCGCAGCCCAUCGCCGCGCCCCCCAAGCCCGAGGGCGCGCGCGCGGGCAGCCCCACGUCGGGCGUGAAGCGGCGCAGCCUGAUGGAGCAGGUGUCCGGCCUGGAGGCCUUCCUGCAGGGUGGCCAGACCGCCGACCCGCACCGCGGCGCCAAGGUCAUCCGCGCCGACCCGCAGGGCGGCCGGCGACGCCACAGCUCCGAGACCUUCUCGUCCACCACCACCGUCACGCCCGUGUCCCCGUCCUUCGCGCAUGCGCCCAAGCGCCACAACUCGGCCUCGGUGGAGAACGUGUCGCUCAGGAAGGGCAGCGAGGGCGGCCCCGGCGCGGGCCACGAGCCCCCCACGUCCCCGCGCCACCUGCAGCCGCCGCUGGCCACGCGGCCCUGGACGGCGGGUCCCGCGGGGGCCCUGGUGGGCUGCCCCGGCGGCAGCGGCGCGCCCAUGCGGCGGGAGACCUCGGCGGGCUUCCAGAACGGGCUCAACUACAUCGCCAUCGACGUGCGUGACCAGCUGCCCCCGGAGAAAGGCACCUGGGGCCGGACCCGCAGCCUCGGGGGGCUCAUCGGUGCCGUGGGGGGCCCCGGGCCAGGCGCCCUGCCUGCCCCCAACACCUACGCCAGCAUCGACUUCCUGUCGCAUCACCUGAAGGAGGCGGCGGUGGUGAAAGAGUGACUGGCGGCCAGGGCCGACGGCGCCCCCAGCGGACCCCGCACCAAGCUGCUCACGUCUCCCGGGGUCGCUCCUCAGCCCCUCCGCAGCCCUCGGACACGCACCCCUGCGGACACUUGGCGUUUGUUUCUGCACCACGCGAGCCUGGGCCGCCGUGCUCCUGGCAGAGUGGAUGUUCUCGGAGGGGCUUCCCUGGCCCCCGACUUCCUGUUGGCAAAGCCCAGCGGACCCUCGGGGGGGGGGGGGCCAGCCCCGGGGGCAUCCCUCGAAGAUUGCCACAAUCCUACCUCAGUUGGCGGGAGAGCUCGGGCUGGCCCAGUGCCGGGCCCGCGGGCUGUGAGCCGGCGCCUGGCAGGGCCCUGGAGACGCCAGCUUCGCCCCCGAGCUCCCGUGACCGAAUCCUUCGACACUUGGAAACCGUCGUCCGUCCAGGCCGUGGGGCAGGGGUCGGCGGGCCAUGAGCCUCUGCUGUGACCUCUGGCUGACGGCCGACUCUCUCCCUGGGCUUCGCGUAGGUACUUCACGUCGCGAAAGACUCGGCCUCACGGCGGCCCACACGCCGCUGCCUGCUCCCCCCUCGGCCUGCGUCUCUGCAACCAAAAAUCCACGUGGCGGGUCUGGCAGGCCCGGGAGGGCCGAGCACGGGCACUCCCAGGACGCACGCUUGCCGGCCAGCCGGGGGCAGCUGGCGUGGACGCGGUGGCCUCAGUGUCUGGCACGGUCGCGGUCAGUGUCCAGAGGCCCAGCUGGACGGCGGGAGCUGCGGGCCGCGGUCAGGGGCUGCCCUCCACCCGGGCCCGCCGAGGACUGCCCGGGCCGGGGGCCGCCCAGAAUCCACUGGAGGUGUGAUGGGGGGGUAUAAAUACAUAGAUCCAUAGCGUAGAGAAUAAUGCAUUCGUACAAAUGAGGCUUUUUUAGAGGAAGACCAAAAAGUUCGAUGUCUUAAAACUGUUCCGUGGCCGGGGGGGGGGGGGGCGGGGACACGGCUGUGGAGUGAGACGGAGUGAAUGUAGGUGGCGCUCGGGUCACUGCCGGGACCCCUGCGGCUCUGUGCGGGGCAGACGCGGCCGGCCCUCUGGCCCGGGACCACCCGGACUGGGGGUCCCGACGGCCGGUGCCGGGCAGUGGCCGGGCCUUUCCGCCCCUUGAAGCAGGAGCAAGAAACGAUACGAAAGAGACUUUUCCUCUAUCCUGUACAUUUCAAAAGAAGAAAAAGGCAUAUGCAAUAUUCACCUUCUUAAUUUAGUUUACAGAAUGGAACCAAAAUGUGUAAAUGUUAUGUUUGCUAAACUUGACACUGUACAAUAUGGAGUCUCUGUACAUUUUGCCUGACCCCCCCCCCCAAAUCUAAACUAUUUUUUGCUACCGACGCGUUGGCUCACGCGACAGUGCUCUCCUUGGUGCACGCCUGGUCUCCCCACCACAUGGACUCUGGGCCCGGAUGUGUCCGCCGCGCACGCGAGUGCAGUGUACGUGGCCCCACGGCCGGGCGCCCGGAAUAGCCAUAUGCAAUAAAGAGGUUAUUUAUGA